UAAACCGUUGCGGUAAAUCACUCGAUAGUUUAUCUUAUCGAUAUCGAUUGAUGUGUUGGUGCAUAUUGCACAUCCCUAAUCGGCGGAAAACAAAAAAUGCGACAACGGUGGUGGCCUGGCGACGUUGGGCUGCUCCUGCUACUCCACUUGCUGCUUCAGCCCGCCGCCCCACACCGCAACGACACCGCCAUCCGCAGCGGCAACGGUGACAGUGGUAUUCGGCACAGCAACAGAGCCUCCUGUCCGCAGCGACACCUCGCCGAAAUCCUGCCGCCACCGAACACCUGCCCCCCGGAGGUACUGCAUCUAAGGGGCACCGUGUACAUCCUGUACGAUGUCAACAUAUCCGAGGGCUUCAAUCUGCGCCGCGAUGUCUACAUCCGCAUGGCGGUCUUCGUGCGUCGCCUGCGGCAGCGACGCAAGCGCUUCCGGAACGUGCGCCUGGUACUGCCGCCGUGGCCACGCCUCUACCACUGGCACUCGCAGGGCCUGCACCAGAACGGGCUGCCCUGGAAGCACUUUUUCGACCUGGACAGCCUGCGACGCUAUGCUCCCGUGCUGGACUACGAUGAGUUUCUGGCGGAGCAGCGGCUCUUUGGUGCACCGGGAGCGCCGCUUGUACAUGUGACGCACGCCUUCCGGCUGCAGCACUACGAGGUGAUGCUGGAGCAGGGCAUCUUCCGGGACAAGUUCGAGCGCGUGACGGACAAGGCAAAGUGCAGCGAGGCAUCGCUGGCGGGCGGGCCGCUGCUGCAGCAGCAGCCGGAGCUUCAAGUGGAGCGCUUCCAUUGUGUUCGCUUUCAGGGCAGCGCCGGCCUGCUGGAGCAGCUGCUACGCGUGGCCAUUGCCGAGGAUACCGCAGGACCGGAGGACGCAGACGAUAUGCGAACCUACGCCCUUCUCAGCGCCGAGACCGUGCUCCACGAUCAUUGGGGCGAUGAGCACUUUUGGCGAGCGCGCCGCUCCAUGCGCUUUGCCCAGCGACUCAGCCAGGUGGCCAAGGAUUUCCGCCACCAGGCACUGGCCACCACGGACACCUCAGCGGGCGUGCAGCGGCCGGCCAUGUGGGAGCUGGAGCGACCCAAGCGGAAUGCCCGCGGCGGAGAUUAUCUGUGCGCACAUUUGAGGCGCGGUGACUUUGUGCGCUCACGGGAGGCGACCACGCCCAGUUUGAAGUCCGCCGCCCAGCAGAUGAAGCAACUGAUGCGCGCCUUCAAUGUGAGCACCGUGUUCGUGGCCAGCGAUGCCACGCCCUACGAACUAAUGGAGCUCAAGGAGCUCUUCUAUCGCUUCCGCUUUGUCCAUUUUACACCGGAAUCGAAUGGGCAGCGGCGCGAGUUGAAGGAUGGGGGUGUGGCCGUGGUGGAUCAACUUGUGUGCUCGUAUGCCCGCUAUUUUGUGGGCACCUACGAGAGCACCUUCACCUACCGGAUCUACGAGGAGCGCGAGAUCCUGGGCUUCAGCCAGGCGAGCACAUUUAAUACCUUCUGCAAGGCUCUGGGCGGCAGCUGUGCCCGGAAUGCCGUCUGGCCAAUUGUCUGGGAUGAUGAUGAGGAGGAGCAGGAGGAGGAUCCCUACUGAAUCCUGACCCAUUGUGUUCCAAAAAGAGGAGAGAAGCGAAGCACUCGAAUCCUAGCUUUAAGAUCAGCAAACCGAAAUUCCGAACAACCUGCGAUUAUGUACCAAAAAAACACUCGUAAAUCAAUUUUGCAUUUAGGUGUGAAAAUUGCUUAAUAAAACUAAAUAUUUUUUAAAAUAAAAGAACAAAUAAAAUAGUAAAAAAAAAA